AUGGCGAGCCGAAAGCCCGUCUUCAACCAGCAGGUUCUCUACGAUACCACCCCCCUGCCCGACUCGAUCCCCAAGGUCGAGGAGAUCGGCGCCAGCUCCGCUCCGCUCCUGUCCGCAUCGUUCUUCAUCGGCGCCCGCUGCCGCGACUACAACGAUGACUACAUGCAGUGCAAGACCGAGAACCCCGGCAAGGGCGAGUUCGACUGCUUGAAGGAGGGCCGGAGAGUCACCCGCUGCGCACGAAGCGUUCUCGACGACAUCAACAAGUCCUGCCUCGAGGAGUUCCGCAAGCACUGGCAGUGCCUCGACGACAACAACCAGCAGCUCUGGCAAUGCCGGCCUGCCGAGUGGAAGCUGAACAAGUGUGUCUUUGAGAAGAUUGGCCUCGAGAAGACCAUUCCGGAUACCCCCAAGGGCAAGACGCCCGUCCACCUGAGGAACAAGCAGAUUUACGCCCACUACCCCAUCCUGAGGGGAGACAAGCCCUUCGUACCCGAGAAGGCCGAGUCAGCGCCGUCAUCGUGA